AGUUUAUAACUUUAUCGGCAUUUUGAAAGUUCAAAAAAACACUCUCUCUCCGUCCCUCAACGAGCUUUCCCCUCACCACUCUCUCUCUUAUGCGACACCGUUUCAGCUCCGAACGCUUGCGCUCCCUCUGUCUCUGUCUGUGUGCUUCUUCUGCUCAAGAUCUGGAAACGUGCUCAGGGAGUGAGUGAUUGACAGAAUGCGAGUCUUUCGUGUGCCUGUGUUUUUAGCUUUCGAUUUGAAGGAACUGUAAAAAAUCUAGGUUCUUAGACUUUUCUGAGUUUCUCGGAUCCUUCCUCUUGCUUGCUCGCUGGAUUUUUGCUGGGAUUUUCGAUCUAGAUUUAUCGGGUAUUACGCUUUUUUUUGUUGUUGUUGUUGGUUUCCUCGGGUGAAAAUGGAGGCAUUUGGCAUGACGAUUUCAUACAUUUCAAUCGUGGCUGCUGAUCGGAGCUUCAGUGGAGGCUGCGAUUGAGUUUGGGUGGAGACGGUUUGCAUAAGCUGUAGGAAAGAAACUAUUAGCAGAAAAGAUGUCAAGAGUACUCGAAUCAAAAAGACGGUCACCUAGUGUUAUUGCUAGAUUGAUGGGUCUUGAUGGGCUUCCACCUCAGCAGUCUACUCAUAAACAAAAUAGUCCCGCUGAGACUUAUCAACGAAGGACAGCUUCAGUAGAAAGAGCUCGAAGAAGUGGCAGCUGGAGGUCAUUUAGGAAGACCUCAAAGGAGGAGCAGGAAUUUAAAGAUGUAUACGAAGUUCUAGACUCAUCAAACAAGGAGAGCAGUAGUCACUCAUCACAGGGUGCUUCAAACUCAAAGCUCUCCGAGGCCGAAAUGGAAUUUGUUCGCCAGAAGUUCAUGGAAGCCAAACGCCUUUCAACUGAUGAAAAACUUCAGGAUUCACAGGAGUUUCGUGAUGCAAUUGAGCUGCUUGAGUCAAACAAGGAUCUCCUUCUGAAAUUUCUUCAACAACCAAAUUCAUUGUUUGCAAAGCAUCUGCAUGAUUUGCAAGGCUCCUCUCCUCCGUGUAUGACUCCUCAAUUUCUCGGUGGUCGAAUAUCAGCUAUGAAAUCAUCACAUGAUCGGGUAAAUGAAAACAUUGAUAUGGGCUGCAAAACAGAGAGGGAAGCUACAAGAAAGAGUCGCUCUAAAUAUGCUCAGCAUCAUGAUGGUUUCCUUGGUAAACCUUGCAAUACACAUACUGCUCCUAAUAAGCUUAAAUCACCGAAAGUUUGGUUAGAAGGAAAAGAUGAAUCUGCUAAACUUCCAACAAGGAUUGUUGUUUUAAAGCCAAACCUAGGGAAUAUACAGAAUUCUGCUAGAACUGCUGGGUCACCUCGUUCUCCUCAUGCUUUUCUUCAAGAUUGUAGUUCAAAAAUCGAACUCAUGACAAUCAAUAACAAAGACUCAGAAUUGUGGGGGAGGAAGACCUUACCUGAUGACAUGGGCCUUUUGAGGCACAAGUCUAGAGAAAUCUCCAGAAAGAUAAGAACUAAUGAUUUGAGGUCCAAAAAUAAAGGAUAUGCUGGAGACGAGAGUUCUCCUAACACGUCUGAGAAUGAAUCUGCAUAUGAAUUAGGAGUGAGAACAUUGAUCACCAGAUCCAUCAACUCAAGUUCCCGGAGCAGAUCUUCGUCAUCCCGUUCGACCAAAUCAUCUAUCAGCCAGGAAGCCAAGAAGAGACUAUCUGAGAGGUGGAAAUCGACUCAUAAUUCUCUAGAUUUGGGAUUGACUAGAAGGGGUAGCACACUGGCUGAGAUGCUUGCUAGUCCUGAUUGUAAAGUAAUGCCAGCAAAUUUGGAUACCAUUAUCAGUGAAGAAGGUUUCAGUGGCAAAUUCAAUGGCAGUGAUAGACUGGAAGAGGGGUUUGAACCAUUGGGUAUUAGCAGUAGGGACGGCUGGAAGGUUGAAUAUAUGACUAAUUUAUCAAGUUCUAGAUUAAGUUCCCUUCAUGCUUCAUCUACUUCUUUUGGAAGCCCCAAGACACAUGAGGCAAUAGUGCACCGUCAAUCUUUCCGCAGUGACAGGCAUUUGAUGCCAAAGAAGCCCUUGAAUCAGGAAAGAGACAAGGUAGUACGGGGUAGUUUUGAUCAGAGAGAAUGGUCAGCUUCUAGAAAGUCAAGAUCCAAUGUGAAGAAAUCUCAAGUUUCUUCCUCCACAUUUAAGGAGAGUAAUGACACUGCUCCUUGUAUUAAUUUGUGUGAAUAUGAAUCAAAAAGCCAUUUCAGGGAUGAUGCCUCAUUUGAAUGUGAUCAUGUGGAUUCUGAGAAGCCAACUAGGUUGGUUGGAGAUGAAAGUUAUGUUCCUAGCCAUAUAGCCAAUGUGGAAAUAGAAAAUAAAACCAUGGCUUUUCAUCAUCCCAGCCAAGAAAUGCCGGCAGUUAUGUUGGUAGAAGGCGUGCAUUCAACUGAAAACCUAAAUAGUUUAAGUUUACAGGAACCAUUAGAUUUGCACACAGAGGAAAGCUUGGAGAACUUGCAACACUUUGUUGCAGAAAUACAAUCUCCGUCAAGCUCCAAGGAGCCUGAUCAGCCCAGUCCAAUAUCAGUUCUGGAAGCCACUUUUCCGGAUGAUCUUUCUUCAGCCUCUGAAUGCUUUGAGAGUCUCAGUGCAGACCUACAUGGGCUUCGCAUGCAGCUUCAGCUACUUAAGCUGGAGUCGGAAGCAUAUGAAGAAGGGUCUGUGUUCCUUUCAAGUGAUGAAGAUCUGAGAGAAACCCCGCUUGGAUUUUCACAACAGAAGGGAAUUACUGAGAGUCGGGAAUCUUCGUAUGCAGUGACUGUACUAAUUAACUCUGGGAUUAAUGAUAUUGAUCUUGAUACUUUCAGGGCAACCUGGGACUCUCCUGAGUGCCCGGUAAAUCCCUCAGUAUUUGAAGAACUUGAGAAGAAGUAUUGUGACUGUGAAACAUGGGUGAGGCAUGAGAGAAGGCUGCUGUUUGACCGCAUAAAUUCGGCCUUACUGGUGAUUUACGAGGAAUUUGCAGAUCCACCACACCCCCGGACCAGGCAGCGAACCAGGAUUUGUGGUGAGUGGAUAAAGAAGGGGAUCAAAGACAAUGUCUUGAGAGUGCUUACCAGCCAAGACAAGAAAGCAAGCAAAGACGCAACCGAGAUGAUCCUGGGGAAGGAAUCCCAGUGGUUGGAUUUGAGAAAUGACAAUGAGGUAAUUGGUAAGGAAAUUGAGAAGUUUAUAUUGGAAGAUCUGGUUACGGAAUUACUAGCAAUGUAGGAUGUAUUUUAAGCUUGGAAGUUGUUAGGUGUUUGAUGAAAUUGUAAAACACGCUGAUUAGACAUGGUAUAUGUUGUCAAAUUACCUAUGAGAACAUUAAGCAUAUGUAACAAAA